GGGUCUCGGCCGCGUCCUAGCGGCGGGCACCCCACCUUCACGUCACACUCACCUGGACGCGCAUCCCUCCCUCCCCGCCAGCCUCCCCCUCUCCAGCCCCCUGCGCCGGACUGACGGGAGAAGAUGGAGACGGGGGUGGGACCGAGUUGUGGACCACGCUGAGGAGAGGGUCGCAAGGUGGGACCCCGGACAGUGGUAGAAGCAAAAUGAGGACGUGCCUGAAGUUUGCGCUUCUGCAGAGACACGAGGAAUAGUGGGAAAGAAAGAACCAACCCAGAGGCGCCCAAGGCCCCAAGUCCUCUCCAUACUUCCCUAACCGUUUCCCCCUUGUUUUAACACCACUGUUUGCCUGUCUAGUUCCCUAACUGCAUACGAUUCAACUCGCCCCAGUUAAAUAAUGGCAGAGACAAGUCUAUUAGAGGCUGGGGCCUCCGCAGCCUCCACAGCUGCAGCUCUGGAGAACUUACAGGUGGAGGCGAGUUGCUCUGUGUGCCUGGAAUAUCUGAAGGAGCCUGUCAUCAUUGAGUGUGGGCACAACUUCUGCAAAGCUUGCAUCACCCGCUGGUGGGAGGACCUAGAGAGGGACUUUCCUUGCCCUGUCUGUCGAAAGACCUCUCGCUACCGUAGUCUUCGGCCUAAUCGUCAACUAGGCAGUAUGGUGGAAAUUGCCAAGCAGCUCCAGGCUGUCAAACGGAAGAUUCGGGAUGAGAGUCUCUGCCCCCAGCACCAUGAGGCCCUCAGCCUUUUCUGCUAUGAGGACCAGGAGGCUGUAUGUUUGAUAUGUGCAAUUUCCCACACCCAUCGGGCCCACAACGUCGCACCACUGGAUGAUGCCACACAGGAGUACAAGGAAAAACUGCAGAAGUGCCUGGAGCCCCUGGAGCAGAAGCUACAGGAGAUUACCCGCUGUAAGUCCUCUGAGGAGAAGAAGCCUGGAGAGCUCAAGAGACUGGUGGAGAGUCGCAGGCAGCAGAUCUUAAAGGAAUUUGAAGAGCUUCAUCGGCGGCUGGACGAAGAGCAGCAGAUGUUGCUUUCACGACUGGAGGAGGAGGAACAGGACAUUCUGCAGCGCCUCCGAGAAAAUGCUGCUCACCUUGGAGACAAACGCCGGGACCUGGCCCACUUGGCUGCCGAGGUGGAGGGCAAAUGCUUACAGUCAGGCUUCGAGAUGCUUAAGGAUGUCAAAAGUACCCUGGAAAAAUGUGAAAAGGUGAAGACCAUGGAGGUGACUUCAGUAUCCAUACAGCUUGAAAAGAACUUCAGCAAUUUCCCCCGACAGUACUUUGCCCUAAGGAAAAUCCUUAAACAGCUAAUUGCGGAUGUGACCCUGGACCCUGAGACUGCUCAUCCUAACCUAGUCCUGUCAGAAGAUCGUAAGAGCGUCAAGUUUGUGGAGACAAGACUCCGGGAUCUACCUGACACACCACGGCGUUUCACCUUCUACCCAUGUGUCCUGGCUACUGAGGGUUUCACCUCAGGUCGACACUACUGGGAGGUGGAGGUGGGCGACAAGACCCACUGGGCAGUGGGCGUGUGCCGGGACUCUGUGAGCCGGAAGGGCGAGCUGACCCCACUGCCUGAGACUGGCUACUGGCGGGUGCGACUCUGGAACGGGGACAAAUAUGCAGCCACCACCACGCCUUUUACUCCUUUGCACAUCAAGGUGAAACCCAAGCGGGUGGGCAUAUUUCUAGACUAUGAGGCCGGCACACUGUCUUUUUACAAUGUCACAGACCGCUCCCAUAUCUACACCUUCACUGACACUUUUACUGAGAAACUGUGGCCCCUCUUCUACCCAGGCAUUCGGGCUGGAAGGAAGAAUGCUGCACCACUCACCAUCAGGCCCCCAACAGAUUGGGAGUGACAGGGACCCGUCGGUGAAAAGGACGCUCUGUCGUGGCUGCUCUUCUCUCCUCGUCCCAGGCCUGAC